UGCACGGCAAUUGCAGCAUGGUGUGUGUAUGGGCGAAUGUAACGUCAAUGUCGCGGAAAAUCGAGAGCCCCCCAGUUUGGUAUUUAUACGCACAUGAACCGCACACUACCUCGCGACGCCAUUAAAGCAAGCCGGCGGCCAUCCAGAUCCCGGGGGAGGAGAGCAACACUACGCAUUCACGCCUAGAAAGAGUGCAGAAACACAGAGGACGGCGGCCCAAGCUGGCCGCGGAACGGUACCAUCAUGAUGCGGAUUGCAGUCGCCGGCGGAAGAGGCUUCGGGUUCCUGCUGGCGACGGAGCUGGCACAGGCGGCAAAUGCCUACAACGUCGUCGUUCUAUCAAGAUCUGCAAGACCCGAAUUCGAUCAAUUCGACGUCCAAGUUCACGUCGUGGACUAUCACGAUCACGGCAGCCUUGGCUAUGCGCUCCAAGGGGUCGACCUGGUCAUAUCAACAAUCUCCGGCGCCGAACAGCUAAACCUCAUCGAUGCUUCCGGGCGCGGGCGCGUCCGCAUGUUUGUGCCCUCGGAAUUCGAAGGGUCGCUCAGCCGACGACAGUCACGCAACGAUCCCCUGGAUCGCGGGUCAUCGCAGGCACUCGCCUUGCUCAAGCAAUGGUCCGAAUCAUCACGAAUGAAAUAUACCGUUUUCUCAUGCGGCCUCUUCAUGGAGCGCUUUCACCCUUACGGGCUCUUCAAUACGUUUAACAUCGGUCACGGCUCUGGCGUUGGCGGCGCUGGUGAAUUCCUCGUCAACUUUAGUACGGCCACGGCCGAGUAUGCGGAGCGAGACUCCAAGGGACAUUCAGUACGUGUCUGCCUGACAUCGGUGUACGACGUGGUCCGAUACGUCGUGGCAGCCGUCGACCUAGGGCCCUCACAUUGGCCCCAAGAGUUUACUAUGUGCGGGGACCGGAUGACAGUCCGAGACCUCAUCAACGCCUGCAGCACCGCUUCCAAUGCGGUGUUUACGCGGCAUGUACGGCAGUACGCGGAGCUGGAGACGUACCUCAGCUACUCUGCUCAGCUGUGCGACUAUGAUAAGGUGGCAUACUAUCAGAGGCUCGUUGCGACGGCCAACGGGCGAUACGAUUUUUCGCAGGCGACGCUGAAUGAGGCCGUCAACCGGAGCAACAGCGUCAAUGUACAGCCAGUCACAUUCGGCACCUGGUUAGCGGGCAUAUGGAAUCAAGCAUUUUGA